GAAACAAAUGAAAACAAAAACACAAUCAUUUUUGGGUGAUGUGUCGUGUCAUUGUUGGUUGGUUUUCGAACGGACGAAAAAACUGUUUCCUUGCGAAGUAAUGUGAAAAACCAGUGAUAUUGGUUGUUGUUUCAAAGGUCCACAGUUGAAAUUUGUUUUCCUGAAAAAACAGAACUUUUGUUUCAAUUUGGCUGUGGACAAAUAUCAGAGGGACGACCAUGGAAUCGCACAAAUACACACUACCGUCAAUCCGGCAGGACAUCGUGGACAACAAUCUUCACGCGAAAGCUAUCAUACAGGAUAUUCUUGCAUUCCGGGGAUCGAUUGUCGAGCUCGCCACUUUGAACGAGGCCGGCAGAGGAAAAAUAGCGGCGUUGAGGAAGUGCAUCGAACGUUUGGACGACUGGGCCCGGGAUGAGGGUGAUCCGAAUGUAUUCAAGGAAGUCGACCAGCACCGUGAGCAGUUUUCAAAAACACUUCAGGCAUUCCGCAAAGCAAACAUAUCAACCAUGCUCGAGAUCGAGAAGCAACAAAAGGACGAACUAUUUGCCAUCAGCCCGGAAAGUGAACUGCGGCAGCGUAAUCCAGCGGCCGGUGCCACCGCCAACAGCAAGCAGAACCGUUCCUCCCUGUUGUCCCAGCAGGAGAGCGUGACCGACAGAAUGCGCUCGAUAUCGCAACAGCUCUCAGAAACCACACAUAAAAGCGCGGCCACAUUGGAAACGCUCAUUUCCUCCAGCAGCAGCGUAGAAGGAACUCGGGAUGAGCUGCUGAAUACGGCCGGCACCAUCUCGCAGUCCGGUAAGUUGCUUAAGAAAUAUGGCCGGCGCGAAUGUACCGAUAAAAUACUAUUAUUCUUCGCAUUUUCCUUCUUUCUGGCAUGUGUGUUUUACAUUGUGCAGAAAAGGCUGUUCUAAACUUAGGAUGUUAAUCUGUUUUGUUUUUAUGUUGCCAACAUUCAUCUUUUGAACUUAGUCGUUAGAAGGAGAUGUGUAUUAGUUAGUUCACACCCGUCAAAGAUGGAAAUUUCCGAGUAUUUACUAUCAGCAGUAAAACACCUUCUCUUAGCAGUUAAUCAACGGCGAAGGUGUGAAUUGUUGAUUUGUUUCAUGUACGAAGCAUGUUUCGAAUAAUGGUGUAAAGAAGUUUUUUUGUAGUUUUAUCGAUAACGGAUUUAAUUCAAAGCUGAAUAGUUAGCGAAGUAUUCAAUCAGUCUGAUUAAACACAUGAACGGCCGUUGCGAUGGAACUUUAUAGGCUGUUUUAUUCUAUCUAUUCACUCCUAGACUAUGUUCUGAACGAAGAUCACUGAUAUGAGCAUUUACUAUCUAAGCUACAAACACAGACAAAAUCUAUUUAUUAAAUAAAAAUACUAGAAAUAA